AUGAAUUUAUCCGAACACUUCUCUCUCCGCUGUCAAUUCUUUCCGGCCUUAGGUCUUAUGUUCAUCUUCAACAGCUACUCCUAUUGGAGUAUGACGCAUUGCUUUUUAGCACUUUAUUACAGCAACAAGACCUUCGCGGUCAAAUCAAGACGCUUGGGCUGGCUUCGAUCGCCGCUGUCGAUCAACCUUUUCUUUCUUAUUUUUCCAAUCUCCCUUACCGUUGCGACUAUCGUGGUCGUAACCCGCAUGAGCAUGGUCUAUCAUGAGCUUCAAGUCCAGACAAGAACUCUAAGGGCCACUUUGAAUCAAGGUUCCCAGGUUUGGAAGCAACUGCAGCUUCCUAUUCACUCUGCAUACGAAAAAGAAAGUCUUUCAUCUCAGCUUACACAAACGCAGGCCGAAUUAGAGUCACUGCUACAGCAAACUGGAACUCUCGUGCCGAAACUAUCGAAUCGAUUCAACUCAGUUCGAUCAAUCAUGUUAUUUUUCAUACCUGCAACCAGCCUGGUUUUUGUUUUGUCAUAUUGGAAAUUGACUGAGAAGUACAAGCAGCAAGGCAGUGGGUCAAGUAACCCAACCUUACAAUCCGAUUUGUCGGAUUCUUGGAAAUCACAAGGCAACUGCAAACAUCUGUCUGUGCGAUCAUGCGGAAGCCGAGCUAGUAAAACAUUCCUUGAGACCCUACGUUCAGAUCCCCAGUUUUUUCGGUUGACAAUGAGAGCCUUUGCUACCCUUCUCGGAAUGCUUACUGGCAUGGUUUUCUGGCUUUUGGCCAUAUUCAAGUUGAAUGAAAUGAUGAUUGAUCCUUAUUGGCACGGUGUCGCGACGUGGCUACCAACGGUUUCCGGUUCCUGGACUGCGAUUCCCGUGGCAUGGCAAUCUUGGCGGAUAUACUUGGACCAAAAGCCUCAAAAGGCAGCAAAUUCUUCUUGUAAAUUGGAAGAGGCUCCAUUUCCAAAAGAGCACUCUGGGACCGGCUGCUUGCAAUUGCUACCACAGAAUUCAACUUGUGACGAAACUCUCUGCCAAAAAAAUUGCCUUGCUAUCGGUUGA